AAGGAAGAGGUGACGGAGGAGGGGGAGGAGGGGUGGAGACGAGGGAGUUCACCAUCGAGAUCCACGAGCGGCUUUACUGACGGAUGGAUCAUUGACACCGAACAUAGCGAAGGAGAUUCUCUUUGCUUCUUUGCGUAGGUACCAAAGAAUGUGGCUUCUGGGCGUCGCCCCCUGUUUGGAGCAGCACUUCCAGAAUGCAGAAGAAUCAGCUAUUCCGAUUUGAGAUGAGGCAAGCGUUGCUGUCGCCGUAGUUUUCAUGGGUUCUUUGGAGAGGGGCAGAUUUGGCAGAGCGAUGAGAACCUGUGCGGGACCCACCGCACCUGGUGGCGGCUCCACCCUCGAUGAUCCCUAUCGCCACGCGAGGAAGCCCUCUCUCGAGAGGGCACGUCCAUCGCUUCCUUCCCUGCUCCGCAAGAGGCGGCUUCAGGUACGGGAGCAUCCCUCGCCUCUGCACUCAUCCUUCCCGUCUUGGGCUAUCUCUUCUUUUUCUUCUGCUCAUAUAACAUCGACUCUUCCCAUCUCCUCUCUUUCCAACAAAUAUUAUCCUCGCCUUCCGGACCGAGAUCUACCGUGGUAGAUGCAGCUGUGCAUGGACAAGGCCACAAAUAUUGAAUUAUUUUAAUGGCGCCUAUGUCCAGAUAAAGCAGUUUUGAACCAUGAUAUAUAUGUAGAGACAUUUGUGUGUUUCUCAUUAGCACACACAAACCAAAACAACAGCUUUAUAAUAUUAGCGUUUCACAUUUCAUAUACUUUGGAAAUCAUCAAUCUUGCACGGAGGUGUUGGGAAAUAGAUGUUUAGCUAUAUGUCUCCUCUGUGGUUGACCCGAUCCAAUUCCAGCAGUCUAUGCUCUCGUUCCAGCCUGUUCCAACGAAGACAUACAGUUGUGUCAUUAUCCAAGUCUUUUCGUUCUUCCUCUACUAAUAUUCGAAGACCUAGAUGUAGAUUUCCUUCUUUUACUCUUUCCAAACAUAAAGGAAGUAUUCUUCAGCGAAACAUGGACACCUCAAUGAGAUUGUCUGGGGGCAAAUUUCGUCUUGCAUCAACGACAAGGUGUCGAAGUAUGAGUUUGAGCCUUUCUUUGCCAUCACAUGAGAAGUUCUCGGGAGUCUCUUGGAAUACUAGAAACUUACCAUUGGUAGCAGGUGGCACUUCGCUUGGGCUUUAUUUGUGCUUUACGACUUCCGGACCAGUAUAUGCUGAAGCUUCCAGGGGAAGAACUAACAAGAAUGAUGGAAACAGCACUGGAUAUUCUCAUGGAAAAAAAAUUUAUACUGAUUAUUCCAUUACUGGCAUCCCAGGAGAUGGAAGAUGCUUAUUCCGUUCAGUGAUGCAUGGGGCAUGUCUCAGGUCUGGCAAGCUACCACCAGAUGAGAAACUUCAGAGAGAAUUAGCAGAUGAAUUGAGGGCCAGGGUUGCUGAUGAAUUUGUUAAGAGGCGAGCAGAGACUGAAUGGUUUGUUGAGGGUGACUUUGAUACUUAUGUAUCUACAAUUAGGAAGCCACAUGUCUGGGGAGGUGAGCCUGAAUUAUUCAUGGCGUCACAUGUUCUUGAAAUGCCAAUCACAGUUUAUAUGCUUGAUGAGGAUGCUGGUGGUUUAAUAGCAAUAGCAGAGUAUGGCCAAGAAUAUGGGAAGGACGAUCCAAUUUGUGUUCUUUAUCAUGGCUUUGGUCAUUACGAAGCCCUACAAAUUCCUGGACUAAAAGGUUCAAGAUCUAGAUUGUAGCUUUUUGGACAUGGUGCUUUUUAUGCUGUUGUUGAUUGUGGCACCCGUUCAAUGGGCAGAUGGACUUGCUGCCUGGGGAAAUUUGAGCCCAAAUGUCCCAGCAUUAUGUUGGGACACCAGCUCAACACUUCAUGCUGAAAGGAAGAUCAACGCACGAGGAAGAACUUGCAUAACCGAUGAUCUACAUAUGUGAUAUGCUGUUUACAGAUAUGAAACCCAGGAUUUGCUCUUCAAAUUUUCAUUCAAUGGGAACCGUGGGAUUGUCAAAUUAUGUGUUCGUCUUUUCUUUUUGUUUUCUAAGUUAUCUUACACUCUCUAGUGCAUGCACUAAUAAUGGUGCCCACUCUAGACAUCACUUACUUGAAUCAAGUUAUCACAGCUCGUAUUAAUUCACGUUACAAAGAUAUAAAUGCCUGAUUUACCAGCUA